UCCCCCUCUCUUUCUGUCUCUCUGUCUCUCUCCUUUUCCCAACACUCGCAGAACAUCCGGUGGGAGCUUGAACGAAAGAGGAGGGUCGAGCUAUAGAUUCCCCGAUCUUCCAACCCACCAUUGCGUCGUCUUCGAUUUUUAUCCUUUGCGGUCUUCCUUCUCAAAAUUUUCGCGGUUUGGUAAAUCAUUCCUUCCGAUCGUAGUCCGUUUAGGGCAAGGAAAGAGGGGUAAACUUUUGAGGAAGUAAGAGAUAAGAAUUUGGUUCGGUUUCUGAGAAUAAAAGGGUAGAGGCAGAAUGCAACAGAGGUUAAAGCAGCAGCAGCAACAAGCCCUAAUGCAGCAGGCUUUGCUGCAGCAGCAGCAAUCGAUGUAUCACCCUGGCGUCAUCGCGGCCAUGUCUCAGAUGGAGCCUGUUCCAAGUGGAAAUCUGCCUCCUGGGUUUGAUCCAAGUACAUGCCGCAGUGUGUAUGUGGGUAACCUUCAUGUCAAUGUCACAGAGGCCCUUCUUGCUGAGGUGUUUCAGAGAACUGGUCCACUGGAAGGAUGCAAGCUCAUAAAGAAGGAGAAGUCAUCCUAUGGUUUUGUGGACUAUCAUGAUCGAAGAUGUGCAGCACUAGCCAUCAUGAUGUUACAUGGGCAACAACUCUUUGGUCAGUCCAUAAAAGUUAACUGGGCAUAUGCGAGUGGACAAAGAGAGGACACUUCGGGACACUUCAAUAUUUUUGUUGGGGAUCUAAGUCCAGAGGUUACAGAUGCAACUCUAUAUGCAUGCUUCUCAGUCUAUCCUAGUUGCUCUGAUGCAAGGGUUAUGUGGGAUCAUAAAACUGGACGUUCUAGAGGAUUUGGUUUUGUUUCUUUCCGUAAUCAGCAGGAUGCUCAGAGUGCGAUAAAUGACUUGAGUGGGAAAUGGCUUGGUAAUAGGCAGAUAAGGUGCAAUUGGGCUGUAAAAGGAGCUGGGUUUAAUGAUGAUAAACAGAGUAGUGACAAUCAAAAUUUGGUCGUUUUGACAAAUGGAUCCUCAUCUGAUGGAGGUCAGGAGAAUGCAAACGAGGAUGCCCCAGAAAACAAUCCAUCCUAUACCACAGUUUAUGUUGGCAAUCUUGCUCAUGAGGUAACUCAAGCAGAACUUCAUCGUCAGUUUCAUAUGCUUGGAGCUGGAGUUAUUGAGGAAGUUCGGGUGCAAAGGGAUAAAGGAUUUGGUUUUGUAAGGUACCAUUCGCAUGAAGAAGCUGCCUUGGCCAUUCAAAUGGCUAACGGAAGAAUUGUUUGUGGAAAGUCUAUCAAAUGCUCAUGGGGCAACAAGCCAACCCCUCCAGGGACAAGUUCGAACCCACUACCUCCACCUGUGCCCCCAUUCCCGAUCCUUAACCAGGGUUAUUCUGCUGCAAGCCUUCUAGCUUACCAGAGACAGCUUGCAUUGAGUCAGGCUGCUAGCUCUGGCCAACCGAUGAGUCAAGCUUCUGCAGGCCAUGGUCCGUUAGGUGGUUAUGAUGGAUACCCAGGCAAUGGGUCCGCCCAGCAGAUGUAUUAUCAGUAGAGAGAUAGAAAUGAGCGCCUACAAUUCUUGUUCAACUGUCUGAUCUUUCCUUUUCAUGUCGUCUUGAUGUUGCUUUUUUUAGUUUUGAGAUAUGCCUGUGUGGGUGUUUUUUGCCUUUUCUCUUUUGUACCUUAUCUAAAUUGUUAGAUUCUUGUUCUCCACACUCCCCCCCCUCCCUUCUCUCUGGUGUAAGAAUUCUUUUUUUUUUUCUUUUUCUUUUUUCCCACUUUUUAUUAUGUUUGAGCUCUUUUUCCUUAUAAUCUGUGCUGAUUUAUACCUCUUGUAAAUAAUUGACGUCUUUUAUUUGCAUUAGCGAUUUUUUGUCUA